AUGGAGCGAACACACACGAAGCAAUGUCAAAUGGACAACAAUUACAAAUUGGAGAAAAAGUAUUUAGAAAUGAAAAGAUUGGUGUUAGAAAAAACAGAAGAAUUGAAACGCAGAGAUAAGAUAAUAACAUUUUUAGAAAAUGAGAUUGAUGAAAAAGAUGCUACGAUAAGGUACCUCAAAAAUGAAAUAGAUAAGUUUCGGCAAGUCGUUAAACCUUUGACUCGACAAAUAAUAGACAGCCGUAGAAAUGGUUUAGAGGAAGAAGAGUGUUUCGUGCCGAAGAUACCAGGAAUUGAAAAUACCAGAGUGUAUCACAUUGGUGAACCUAGACUGAAAAGAACAGCUAUAUCAGCGGAGCCCUUAUCUUCAUUGACUCAAGAUUAUGAAAUGAAACUUGUGAAAAUACCAAAAAGUCAUUAUUCCCGGGAGCUAAUAAAAAGUGCGAUCCUGGAUAAUGACUUCAUGAAGAAUCUUGAAAUGACGCAGAUCCGCGAGAUUGUGGAUUGUAUGUAUCCAGUUGAAUAUGCAGCCGGUAGCCUUAUUAUCAAAGAAGGAGACGUCGGUAGCAUCGUAUAUGUCAUGGAGGGUAAGUAA